AUGAGUGUUGUAUACAAAGGUGAAAAAGGAAACAAUUUCAAUUGUGCUAAUAUUCUCCUUCAUUAUAUGUUUCAAUAUAUCAUGAAAUAUAAAUAUGUAUUCUUAAUUACAAGUGGAAUUUAUUCUGUAACAAUUUCGCCUCAAGAUGAACCAUCUGAGGGAGAAAACACUGAGAAUCAGGAAUCUAAACCCUCUGGAAUCAAGAAACUUUUUACAGUUCUCACGAAAAUGUUCAGAAGCGCAUGUCUAAUUUCACAAAUCAUGAGUUGGUUCACCUCCUAG